UCCCCAAAACACCAUCAUGGCAACGCUCAAGAACUUGUCUGCUCUCAUGAUCUUGUUGGUCGUCAACAUGGCAAUGCUUCCUAGGGCUACCUUCGCCAUAGGCGGAAACCCCGCUUGCGCAAAGGGAAUGACUGCCAAUUGCGGGUCUCAGCUCUUUCAAAUCAUAGUCUUUGCCCGCACCUUUGCACCCACCAAUGAAUGUUGUCGCGAGCUCGUGACGGCAGGGAAGGACUGCCAAAACCAAUACGUGAAGUUGAUCCUCUCGACUCACAGGCCGAUCAAGGGAACGAUCUCCGAUCUCUACAAGAGGAGCAAUGAGACGUGGAACAAGUGCGUCGCGGCUGCCAAUUAUGUAUCCCCUACCGAGCUCACUCAUUGAGAGCUAUUCUUACUCCGUAGUGCACUAACCGUGUAAAAUAAAAAAGACGAAAGAAUUAUAAUUUUUUUUAUUGGAUUCUCCUAAGAAUUUUCCUAUUUUUUUGUGCCUCUUAA